AUGGCUUCCCCUCAGGUUAUUCGCACUCCUGUGACUGAUCUGCUGAAGAUCAACCACCCUAUAUUGUUGGCAGGAAUGAAUGUGGCUGCUGGUCCAAAGCUGGCUGCUGCUGUCACCAAUGCCGGCGGUCUUGGUGUUAUUGGAGGUGUGGGAUACACGCCCGAAAUGCUGCGCGAACAAAUUAUCGAGUUGAAGGAGGCUUUGCACGACAAGAACGCGCCGUUCGGCGUCGACCUACUACUCCCCCAGGUUGGCGGUAAUGCUCGCAAAACCAACCACGACUACACCAACGGCAAGCUCGGUGAGUUAGUCGAUAUCAUUAUCUCAGAGCGUGCCUCUCUCUUUGUCUCUGCCGUCGGCGUUCCCCCCAAGGCAGUUGUUGAAAAGCUUCACGGAGCUGGCAUCCUCUGCAUGAACAUGGUCGGCCAUCCUAAGCACGUUAAGAAGGCCCUUGACGUUGGUGCCGAUAUAAUUUGCGCACAGGGUGGCGAGGGAGGUGGCCACACUGGUGAUGUCCCCACCACAAUUCUUAUUCCUACCGUUGUCAAGCUGGUUGAGGGUCGCAAGAGCCCUCUAACUGGCCAGCCCGUGCAGGUCAUUGCCGCUGGUGGUCUCUACAACGGUAACUCUGUUGCUGCCGCCUUGAUGCUCGGAGCUUCCGCUGUGUGGAUUGGCACCCGAUUUAUCUUGGCCGAUGAGGCUGGUGCGUCUAAGGCUCACCAGGAGGCCGUCCGUACUGCUGGAUUCGAGGAUAAUAUCCGCACAAUUAUUUUCACUGGUCGCCCCUUGCGCGUCCGCAAGAACGAGUACAUUCUGAAUUGGGAAGAGAACCGUGCCGAUGAGAUCAAGAAGCUUACCGCUCAAGGUAUUAUUCCUGUAGAGCACGACUUUGAGAACCUGUCAGACGAUGUUGAUGACGAUACACUUGAUAACGCUCGUCCUUUCCUGAUGGGCAAGGUCUCUGCUGUCGUCAACGAGAAGAAGUCCGCUAAGGCUAUCGUCGAUGAACUGGUUAUCGAUGCUGCUGCUUUGCUACACAAGGGCACCAAGAUGGUGGCUAAGCUAUAA